AGUACGUCUAUGUCAUAAGUGACCGAGAUAUUUCGCGCGCGCGAUUAUUGUCCCUCAUUUCAGCAGCUUGAGAUUUCCGACUUAAUUUUGUGUCCAUCACAAGUUCUUUCUGUAAAUCCUCAAAAUGACAGGCGUAUUUGAGUCGCCAAAAACGAGAGUUAAUGCAUCUAUGCUUGUUCAGUACGCCAACCGGCCAGUCUGUUUCAUUGGACGGGUGGAAAAGGUUCACCCAACUGGAAAGGCGUUCACGUUGUCAGAUGGAGAAGGAAAGACGGCAUCAGUUGAACUUAAAGAGCCUUUGGAAGAAGAACUGAGUGGAGUUGUGGAAGUUAUUGGCAUCGUGUCAAACAAAGGAACGAUUAUGGCUGCAGCAUACAACCUGUUCAGGGAUGAAAGAGCAAUCACCUUUGAUUUGGAGCUGUACAAUGAAGCCCUGAAAGUCAUUCACGAUUUUCCUCAGUAUUACCCUUUUGAAAUGUCCUCUAGUGGUUAAAAAAGAAAUAUAUAAUGCGAUUCUUUAUUUUCCCACUUUGUGUAUUUAGGCGUUUCUUCCUCUUUCCAAUGUAAAUAUCUACUGCAAAAUGCUUUGAGUUGAAUGUUUGUCUUGUUACAUAAAUUAAAAAAAUCAUUAGUAAUUGUAA